AAAACGAGUAACCAUGCAUACAGACCUGUUUUUAAACAGGCUGUUAGUUCCGUCAGUGUUCUGCACUACAUUUCCCAUGGUUCACUGCUUUGUUGUUACAUCUUUCAAGGCACGCACGCAAACGCAGCAGUGUCUCGUGAUGGGGGCGUUUUGUCGUCAGUUUUUCCCGUCUGGAGUCUGACGCACUCCGACAGCCAAUAAGCUCAUGUAGCACUUCGGCGCCGGAGCCCGCUGCUGUGGAGGCAGGAUUUCUUCAAAUAAAAAUGGCAGAUGUUGUCGAAGGAGACGGCAGUCGCUCCUCUGGUCCUUCCAUGCUUCCCUCGGCGGUUCGCAACGGCUCUGGCAUGUGCUCGGGAACGUGCGCCGGGGGCCUGGUCGCGACCACGGUCACCUCCGGGCCUCGGUGGGUCCGCAUCGUCAAGUCGGACUCGGGCUAUGGCUUCAAUGUCCGCGGGCAAGUAAGCGAAGGAGGGCAGCUGAGGAGCAUCAACGGCGAACUUUACGCCCCGCUGCAGCACGUCAGCGCCGUGUUACCGGGCGGCGCGGCAGACCGAGCCGGAAUCUCAAAGGGCGACCGUAUUCUUGAAGUAAAUGGGGUGAAUGUGGAAGGGGCCACUCAUAAGCAGGUGGUAGAUCUCAUCCGAGCAGGAGAGAAAGAGUUAGUCUUGGCUGUCCUGUCGGUUCCUCAGCCAGAGACGGACAGCCUUGAUCCCGGGGACGAUGGCUCAUCGCAAUCCUGCUAUGAUUACAGUGACAAGCAGGCUGUGCCCAUCUCCGUGCCCACCUACAAACAUGUGGAACAGAAUGGAGAGAAGUUUGUGGUCUACAACGUGUACAUGGCAGGCAGGCAGUUGUGCUCAAAGCGUUAUCGGGAGUUUGCCAUCUUGCAUCAGAAUCUGAAGAGGGAAUUUGCCAACUUUGCAUUUCCCAAGCUGCCAGGGAAAUGGCCUUUCUCUCUGUCUGAGCAACAGCUCGACGCUCGCAGACGAGGGCUGGAGGAAUACUUGGAGAAAGUGUGUUCUGUUCGGGUGAUUGGAGAGAGCGACGUCGUGCAGGAGUUUUUGUCGGAGUCUGAUGAGAAUUAUAAUGGUGUUUCUGAUGUGGAGCUAAGGAUAGCCAUGCCAGACAAAACUACAGUAACUGUCCGAGUGCGAAAGAAUUGCACAACAGACCAGGUCUACCAGGCUGUGGUAACAAAAAUAGGGAUGGACAGCAUUACUGCAAGUUAUUUUGCCCUGUUUGAAGUCAUUAACCACUCCUUUGCUCGCAAGCUGGCCCCUAAUGAGUUUCCUCAUAAGCUGUAUGUGCAGAACUAUACGUCUGCCAUCCCAGGCACCUGCCUCACGCUUCGCAAGUGGCUUUUCACCACAGAAGAAGAGAUUCUGCUCAGUGAUAAUGAGCUGGCCAUCAGCUAUUGCUUUCAUCAGGCUCUGGAUGAUGUGAAAAGGGGAUUCAUCAAAGUGGGAGAGAAAUCCUACCAGCUCCAAAAGCUCACUGAACAGAGGAAAAUGACCAUGUAUUUAGGUAUUCUGAGGACUUGUGAGGGCUACAAUGAGAUCACUUUCCCGCACUGCUCCUGUGACUCACGCAGGAAAGGUCACGUGGUCACUGCGAUAAGCAUCCACCACUUUAAACUCCAUGCGUGCACAGAGGAUGGCACUCUAGAGAAUCAGGUGAUAGCUUUUGAAUGGUCCGAGAUGCAGAGAUGGGACACGGAUGAAGAGGGAAUGGCUUUCUGUUUCGAGUAUGCGCGAGGGGAGAAGAAACCUCGCUGGGUCAAAAUCUUUACUCCAUAUUUCAACUACAUGCACGAGUGCUUCGAGAGAGUCUUCUGUGAGCUAAAAUGGGGAAAGGAGGUUGAAGAGGAGGCCACAGACAAGGACAAUAAGAACUGCAGUAAAGAUGGUAUGUGCGGUAAGAAUAUCUUCCAACUGUUGAGACACAGAAGGGAUGGAGGCACAUGAAUGAAGAGAUCAUCUCCUCUUGAAUUCUCAAAUACACUUACACUAAAAGUUGCAUACAGAGACUCAGAAAACAUUUCAGACCAGUCCCAUAUGCUUAUCCACUACUGAUACACGCCUACUGAAUUAAGAAGAUAACACGACCACAGUACGACGAUCAAAAUAUGGAACUACAUGACUUUUUAGAGACUUACACCAUCAUUUUACUGGACUGGACAGAUUUUUGUUGGACGUACUGGCUGCCAGCUCGGGACGGGAGAGGUGAAAACGAAAGGCUACAAUGCUCCAGGAGACAGACGUGGUGAAGUGAUGUCUGAUGAACACACCCUGGACGUUGACAUGGCAUCAGCAUUGUGACUAAUACAUGUCAUGUGACUGGUGAGACGCAGACAACUGAAAGCCUGCAGAGUGCGUCAAUUUAAAGACAUGGAAACGUCGGCGGUCUGGCUAAUGCAUCAUCCUGACACUAACACAUGCACCUGUGAUGGCAGAGAUGCUCUCUCAGAAUGUAUCUAUUAAAAAAGAAAAGCAGAAACCAUUACUACAUAUUUCACUUGGACAAUCAGAGUGAGAGAGGGAAAGAGAAAACGAGCCUAGAAACAAGGGCAAGAGAGGCCGAUCAAUUCUUUCCAUGCUUUUCCACAUUAAUUUGUCUCUUACCUCACUAUUGCCACUGUGUUGGUAGUAAGUUUGUACAGAUUUUCAGCCCUUUAGCUGAACUGAGGUUUUUAGUUUAAUUUUCAUUUUUUGUGCUCUCAUCUGUCUUUUAUUCUCCAAAGCAGUAUUUGAUUGCGUUAGCCAUCGCCAGGCCCAGAUGGAACUUCUGUACUGAUUUUAUUGGAAUUUUCUGUUGGUUAAAUUGGUUAUUGAUGUGAUGCUCUUUUAAAAAAUAAAUUAUUUAUUCAAAAUA